UCCUGAUGAAGGUGAAAUAGACACCACAUGGGGUAAUGGUUUCUCCUAGGUCAGAUCCUUUCAUUUACCAUUAUUUUAUUUGAAUGUUAUUCACAAUCAGCUCAGGGCCGGUCUGAAAGAAUUUAUACUGGAGUGUUUCUCUGGCUGCACAAGUACUUCUGCUUGCAAGAUCAAGAGCCAUCUGUAAAAAUGAAGUUUUUGAGCAUCAUCAAUUCUCAUAGUUCGGACAGAUCAUAACGAACAUGCGUUACGUUUCUUUCGUGAAUCGGCUGGAGCUGAAAGUUCCCGGUAAUGUUUUGGCUCAAGCUCUUUGCCUCGGUGAUGUUGACAAUGACGGGUUGAACGAACUAGCUGUUGGAAAUGUCAGUGGAUCACUGUUCAUCUUCAAAGGCAUCACAUCUCGUCAUCCGCUUUGCAUAGCCGAGGGUCUUGGCUUGAUAACGUGCAUUGGUGUUGGUGAUGUGUUUUCCCGGCAACAGAACCAUUUGCUUUGUGUCAACGCUGAAGGACAACUGUAUGGAUUUGACAUCACGGAUGUGAAGAGGAGUUCAUCUGUUGCACGCAUACAGCCUGUCUUCAAGCAGCGCCUGCCACCGAAUACGCGCACUCUCCUCCUGGCUAAUCUAGGUGAACAAGACCCAUGUACCCUUGUGCUUGGUUUUACUGAUCGCAAUGUUCGUGCAUAUCGCUGGGCGGAUCAAGGCAGGUUGCCAACAGACACAACCAUUCUUGGCAAAUUUGUCCAAGCAGAUGCAUGGAGCUUCGAUGGACAGGUUGGGUCCUUGUCGGUCACGCAUUCAUCAGAUAAUCAGCAUCAUCUCCUUGUUGUAUCACAGCCCGGUGGUUGUUAUGUCACACUGGACUGUUCGCACUGGCAGUACAGGCAUCGAGCAUCUAGUGCCGUGGACGAGAGUCACCCAGUGUCGUCUUCAGUCUACAAUCUAGUCCAAAGUAAACACUAUCCGGAAGCACCAACGGAGGUUGUUGGUAGCUUGCAACGUGCUGGAUCAGCCGAGCCUACUGAUUUGAUCACUAUCGCCACCCUGAAUGGGAGCAUCACCCUACUGGAGAACAAUAAAGUACAGUGGCAGUUACAUGUGGGACAUCAGCUGUUUUCACUGACCAAGAUGGACAUCACGGGUGAUGGAGCAGAUGAAGUGGUAGCGUGUGCGUUUGAUGGUUUCACCUACAUAGUCAAUCACAACCGUGAUGUGGUGCGCUUUCAAAUCGAUGAUAGCCUGUGUGCGUUCACUUCGGGUUCGUUCGGAGUAUCAGCGGACAAGGCCACGUGCAGUCUUGUCUACUUGAGUCUGAACGGCAAGCUGUUUGUCUACUACGAUGUGCACUUAAACAGCAUGGUCACAAGUAACCUGUUGGAGGAGAUGAAGUCAAGAGUAGACGAGCUUGAUUUCUUACCUGGUGAUAUGAAAGAAGCGAUAGCAGCUGGAGACGGUGAGACUGUACGCCCCGUCUACUCAUGGUGUAUGGAUACAGCUGAUGAAGAAAUCCAAUAUCAGCUCCGGACGCUGAAAGAUCAGCUUGCAAGAUUGAAAGGCAAUGCAGCGGUUGGCAUGAGCCCUAGCGGCAACACUGGUGUUAGUGACCUUUCUGCUUUGCAUGCUGAUGUCGCUGCUGCUUCUACUACAUGUGAUGGUUCUGUUGAUGAUGCUGAUGAUGGCGCUGUUGGUGAUGCUGUUGAUGGUGCUGGUGGUGAUGCUGCUGCUGCUGCUGCUAUGAUCACUGCUGAUGACACGGCCGGCUGCACCAAUACAGCGAUGAGUGCUGUAUUACAAAGCUCUGAAGGUGAAACUCCCGUGGGCACUGCUGCAGGUACCGAUCACCACUAAGCUCUUUUGUCAUUUCUCACCAAUCGAGAACGACUUGCUGCCAUCCCACAUUGAGCCGAUUUACCCGCCAUAUCUGACUGUGUGGACGUUGUAGACUUUCCAAGUAUCUCCGGAGUGUAGACAAUAUGUACCUACCCAGUGCAUGUAUCUCCGGAGUGUAGACCAUGCAGUGUAGCUUCAUUCAAUAGGCUAUACUGCUGUGUACUGUGUGCUGUUAGUAAGGCUGACAGUGCAUUUACACAGUGCAGUAUGUGCACAAAGUGGAGAUACCCUCGACAGUAUGUACAGUAUGUGCCCCACCAUGACACACACACACACACACACACACCAUGCAGCACGCUUCAAACACUGCUGCACCGUGCGUCAGAGGGUCUCUGUGACUGGCUUGAUUACCACCCAUAUUCAGUGCUGCGCUGUUGGAAAUCAUACUUCAAAAGAAGUAUUCGAAACAUUAUCUUGAAUUCAUGUGGUUAUUAUGAACUUGACGGUAUCACAAAACAUGUUCCUUUAUUUUCCUUACUCAAUCCAUGGGCAGUGCUGUUUCGUCCGUUGUGGGUGUAUUUUUUUUUAAAUGGUUUUCCUCACUCUGUGGGGUAUGUGUCUCGCUUGACGUCCGAUUAUUUUUGAACGUUUUAGUGACCUUUUUAGUUCA